AAAUCUGUGAAGUCUCAUUAUGAAUGUAUGUUUAAGGCAACGUGGGUUGUCUUCUAUGUUUUUUUGUAAGGUUUUCUGGCAUAGAUAUUGUGUUAGUAGGCAGCAUUUUCACUACGGUUGCAGUUGCCCCAGCAGGUGAUGCUUCACUUCCAGACUUAAUGGGGAGUUUCCAUUUGAAGUCUGUUUUGUUUUAUGGCUUUGCUGCAAAAGUCCUGAGGCUUUCUGUUCUUAAUUGGCGCCAAAGGCCCCACAUUAAAGUGUAUUAAAAGGAAGGUGGAGACAAGAUUUCGGUCUCAAAGUCGGUAGAGUCCGAUUGGAUAGAAGAUAAUGUUACAGGGUGACCGAUGCAGAGAUGUGUAUUUAACCCGCUCAGCCUUGUUCAGACCAGUGAAGACUGCCUCCUGAGUCAGAGGUUCAAGAUGAUUUCGGCGGGGGCACUCUUCUGUCUUGUGUUUCUCCCAGGCCUGCUGGAGGCCAAAUCUUUGCUGAAUGUCAUAAAGCAGGAACAGAUGGUCCCUGUAGGUGAUGUUAGCAUUGAUGCAGAGAAAGCAAAUGAUUUUCUGACUCACUCCAGACCAAAGCGCAAUGCGGACCCCCGGUGGUACAGAGGAAACCCAGACUUCCAGGCUUACUACAAAUACUACAGCAGCAUCGGACACACUGAGGGGCUCUAUGAGAUCGACAAGCUGCGGAUGCUCUACCAGCAGAUGAGGUACCUGGAGCACACCUACGGCCCUGAUGCUUCCUAUUUCCAGAGCAAACUGGGAGUGCCUAUGAUCAUGUGUGACCCAGCCACAGACAAGAAGUGCAAAGUUGUCGCGCCUCCUCCUCCUCCUCCUCCUCCUCCACUGCUGAUGAAAGGGGUCCCAAGACCCACGGAGCCUCCAGCUCUUCCUAUUGCUCCAGCCAUUUCACAGGCUGAUGUGCUCUACCUGUGUAACCAAAAGGACCCCCUCUGCAAGCCUCACAUUGUCUACAUGCCCACAGGUGCAGUACCUGUGCUCUGUGACCCUCGGUACCACCCCCACUGCACUCCCCAGAAGGUUGCACCAGCUCCCGUGGCAGUGCCUCAACCACCUCCUCCUCCUCCUAAGAAAUCUGGCCCACCUCCACCUCCCCCAGUCUUUGUCAAGAAGUCUCCCCCAGCUCACAUCCGCACCUUUAAGGGCAUGGAGUACGAUUGUGACCCCUACUGGGAUCCCGACUGCCUGAUUGAAAACCCACCCAGGCCCAUCAAAGGAAAGGUUGUGGUCCCGCCACCCCCACCCCCUCCAGUGGUGGAGGAAGAAGAGGAGGAACAUGUGGAGGAGCCAGCACCUCCUGCACCCAUUGAGAAGAAAGUAACCUACUACCCUCACCCUUACUACUACCAGCACCCUCUACCCUACGACCCCAGGGAUGAUCUGUACGAUCCAGCCCGCUUCCAGUACCCACGGCCUGCUGAUGCUGCUGACGAGCCUGCAGAGGAGAGCCAGUGAAACAUCCAGAGGGAACAAAACAGACUAUGAAAACAUCCAAGUUGCACACUUUCACAUCUUUUAAAUGUAAUGUCAAUAAAACCAAUGUCUUAGCGCAUUUUUAGAUGCAGUGUAAUUACAUCGAUGACUCAAUGUGUAACUGUCAGUAUGUGAAAAAGCAAUUUUCUUUUUGACAAGAAUAAAUUGUAACAAAUCAGUUUUUCAUCAGCGAGUAGCAUUUCGAGUUGGAAUAUCCUUUUUGAAAGGUGCAAAGUAGCCUCAAAAGGAAAGCUUUGCUCCACCCAUUGCCACAUGGCAGGUAAAUAUCACUUGUGAAGUACCAGCAUGCAUGCUGGGAGGUCAUUAUGUCUGUUCUGCUGUACAUUUAAUAGCCAAAUAAAUGCUGACUCCUGUUAUUUUCCAUACACUCUGGAGCAAUAAGUCACCCUGCAGUCUUUUUCCUGCCUCUCUGUCCAAAACCUAUAAGGGCAAUCAAACAGCAGGAACACAACUUCAGAAGGUGAUCUGCAAACGUGCUGCUACUGCCAAUAAACCUCCAGCUAGGCGAGCUCCACGUAGCAGACUUUCACAUGCUCAUUUGAAAGUGCAGAUCAGACUUUUUUUUUAUGUGCUUCGUUGACAGAAAAUUCAAAGUCUCAUGGGGAAAAAAACGAAAAAUCAGCAGAUCAUUUAUUACAUACAGGAACAUGAAACAAUAAAACAAACUGGGUAAAAUAACAGAACGUUCAUGUACAGUGGACUCAUUGCUGUGCAGACCCGCCAAAGAGUUGAGUGACUUUGUACAUAGCUUUUAAUGAUCGGUGUUUUUAGAUACACUUGUGGUUGGAAAUUUUUUAACUGCUCUGAAAAGCUACGGUUGGUUUAAGAACUGCUUUUUAGCAAAUCAAAGUAGAAACAGACCAAAAUAAAGAAA